AUGGAUAUCGUGACGAUUCUAGUCCUGAUCGCCACUAUAUUUCUGUGUGUUAAGUUCCUCCACAGGAGAGUACACGACCAGAAGCUACCACCGGGGCCAUGGGGGUUUCCAAUAAUUGGACACCUCCCUUUGUUCGGUACACAUCCUCCAAAUACUUUUGCUAAAUGGCGUCAGAAAUAUGGAGACAUUUUCAGAAUUCGGAUCGGGACUAACGAUACAGUGGUUGUGAGUGGACGGGACACGAUAAAGGAAGUUCUAGGUGGGGACACGUGUGAGGUUUUCUCCGAUAGGCCUGCCUUCUUCACCACCAAGCUCAUUGGAGGGGACCGAGGUCUGACGUUUAGCUAUUACACUCCCAGAUAUGUCCACCAUAGAACGGUAGCUACCAGUGUUCUAAAAACGUUCACCGACAGCCGGAACACCACGGUACCGGAUGUGGUUGAAAACGAGGCAAGCAUUUUAGUCAAGGAAUUCCUUGAGCACAAUGGGGAACCAUUUGAUCCUCGGGAGUCACUUUUCGUGGCUACAGGAAGUAUUAUAUACCAGAUUUGUUAUGGUAUGGGGACAAAUGGACGUGAGGACACGGAUCUAAUGGAACUUGUCAGAGAAAAUAAAGCGUUCAAUGAGUUUGUUAGAGCUGGCAGCCCUUUUGAUGCUAUGCCCUUUCUACGAUAUAUUCUACCAGGGAAAUUUCAAAAGUUCCUUCGUUUGGUUUCAAAUUCAGAUUUGUUUCGUGAUAGGAAGAUUGCAGAACACAAAGAAACGUUCCAAGAAUCCGAUUUGCGAGACGCAACUGACUGUCUCAUCAGUGCUGCUGGUCGACUUAGCGAAGAAGAGAAAUCUCGCGUGGGACUACUGGAUCACGUGAUCCUGGAGUCAGUGGGGGAGUUUGUUGGAGCAGGUUUCGAUACAACAGCCAGUGUCCUGUCAUGGGCAUUUAUGUACAUCGCCGAACAUCAAGACAUCCAGACCAAAAUACAACAGGAAAUGGACGCGGUGAUUGGGAUAAGGUCAGUUAGGCCCCAGGACCGAUCGAAAUUACCUUACACGGAAGCCGCCAUUUUGGAAACCAUCCGCAUUUCUGCCAUUGUUCCUUUUGGAAUUCCGCAUGCUACGAAAUGUGAUGUCAAAAUCCACGGUUAUUUCAUUCCAAAAGGCACUGCAGUGUUUUUCAAUUUGUACUCUGUCAAUUUUGAAGAAGAGAUAUGGCAGAAUCCCCAUAACUUUGACCCGGAAAGGUUUCUCACUGACGAUGGCAAACUAAACCAAAAGCUAACCGCCAAUAUCAUGUCAUUUGGAUAUGGAAAACGUCGAUGCAUUGGUGAGAUUUUAGCGCGAAUGGAACUCUUUCUCUUGUUCACCAAUGUGUUACAAAAGUGUUCACUGGAAAAACCUGUCGGAGAAACGUAUGACAAAGAAGGGGUGUUCCAUCUCGUGCGGAAACCGCACCCGUAUCGUGUACGAGUAUUGCAGAGAUGCUGCAUUUGA